GCUCGUCCAGUGUUGUCAAACUGUGGUCUCGAGCUCAGCCACUGUUGAACGAGCGGCGGCUGUCAGGAGACCGCCACUCCCGGAAGUUUGUGCCAAAGUUUUCACGAACCGCUUGGAGCCAAACAAUAUGUUCUGUGCAGAUAAUUAGGCUACAGCGUAGUUGUCGUGAUUCUGGCUGUCAAACACACAACGUGAAUUCAAAUGAGUCGUGGAGUUCUAGCCUGCAGGCCUACUCUCAGACGAUGCCAGUGUGAUGAACACACAGCAUGAUGGCACACUAAUGGCCACCAGUAAGAGCUCUGGACAGGACGACGGUGAGGGGAGCUCCAGUGAGCAAGGCGUGCUCCAUCGGUGGAGGGGCUACUCCUGCAGCAUCAGCCCCGAGCGAGUGUUCCUCUGCAGGCCGGUGAUCCAGGCGGCCCUGGGCUCCUGCCACAGCCUCAUACUUACUGAGGGUGGGUUUGUGUACAGCUUUGGGGAGUUACCAUGGAAACAGGGCGCAGCAUCCCACUCGGCGGAGCCCCUGCUGGAGGCGUGUCUGAAUGGGCGUGGCGUGGUCGCCGUGGCUUCCGGAAGCUUCCACUGCGGGGCGUUGACGCGUGACGGCUGCGUGCUGAUGUGGGGCGACAACGGGCACGGGCAGUGCGGCCUGGCGGGGCGGAGCCUGGUGCCCAGCCCUACGCCCGUCACGCUGCUGGACGUGGAGGGCACCGGCCCGCGGCUGGUGAGGGCGGCAAGCCUGGCGUGCGGUGCCCAGCACACGCUGGCGCUCUCCGUCGGGCACGAGGUGUGGGCAUGGGGCAGCGGCUGCCAGCUCGGCCUCGUCUCCCACGGUAACGCACCUGUCUGCCGACCGCAGAAGGUAGAAGACCUGGCGGGCAGGUACGUGGUGCAGGUGGCGUGCGGAGGCUUCCACAGCCUGGCGCUGGUGCGCUCUCUGCCCUCGCCCACGGCCCGGACUCUGUCCCUGGACAAGUGUGGCCGCUGCCAGCAGCUCCUCUACACCAUGAUCGACCGGGACGACCACGUCAUCAUCUCCGACAACCACUACUGCCCCCUAGGGGUGGAGCUGAACGAGGUCAAGAGGCAGAGCGCCCCAGAGCAGCAGCAGCAGCAGCAGCAGGGUCAAAGUUUACAAGGGUCAAACGAGGUCAGCAAAGAGGUCACUCCGGUCGGCUCGUCGAUGACUUCCGAGACGUUCUGUCCUGCACUGGGCUCCGUCGGAGGUUCUCCACAGGUGGGUUCUGAAGCGGAGAACAUGGGAGAACCAGAUGAAGGGAACUCGACAGCUCAGACGGACACUGCCAAAGUUCCUCUGAGGAGAACUAAGAGUUCUCCGUUCCCUGACGAGCAGGACCUGAAGGAGUACCUCAAGCGCUUGUCACUCUCUGAGCACCCUGGCACUGCCACCCACUUUGUGCCCUCCUCACCUGACAGUGGCAAGGCCACCAUUGCCCUUACGCCAUUGCCAGACCACACUCCGGCCCCAAAUCACCUUGCACCUGCAAGCCACAGCCACCCGGUGCAGCCAGGUGGGAGCCAACCAGGUAUCACCCUCCACACGCCUGCCUGCCUGCUUCCCUGUCCACACACUCACCUAGCCUCCCCCUUCGAGGAGCACCUGGCGUCCACCUGUGAAGACUCCUUCGACGACUCCGGUGUGGAGAGGGACCUGGAGGGGGGUGUCCGGGGGCUGUGUGAGGGGCGGAGGGACCCCUUGAGCGGGCUCCUGAGCGUGGAGGACCUGGCUCAGAACACCAGGAGCUCCAGCCUGACUGAUAUACGACUGGAGGAGAUCAACGGGCUCAGCCGCAGGAGCUCGCUACCUGUGCUCACCUGUCAGGGUUCUCCAUCCCUGCCAAAGCCAGGCCAUCGGCGAGUUGGCUCUGCUGGAGGCAAGAAGGUGCCCGUUCCCAUGGAAACGGAACCUCUGCUGCCUUCUCUGUACACAGAGGUGUGGAGCUGGGGGCGUGGCCAGGAGGGUCAGCUUGGCCAUGGGGACCGCCUACCCAGGCUGCAGCCUCUCUGUAUUAAGAGUCUGAGUAAAAGGGAAGUGGUGAAGCUGGAGGCUGGGGCUCACCACUCUCUGGCCCUAACAGCGCAGUGUCAGGUGUUUUCGUGGGGCAGUAAUAAGGCAGGUCAGCUGGGCCACCUGAACUCUCUGAGCACGGCUCCUCAGCCUGUCAAGAUGUCAGAGGGCAUCCGUGUGUGGGACAUGGGUGCAGGUCAGACACACACUGUGCUGCUGGCUGAUGGAGACUGUGUCCAGCCCAUCCUCUACUACAGCGGAGAGCAGGUGUCGGAGGAGGAGGGGCCUACGGGGACCUACACACAGACUCCUGCCCUGCUACCUUUCUGCAUGAACAUGGGUUACGUGAGCAGUGUGUUUGCGGGCGGUCAGAGUUGCUUCGCCCUGUCGGAUCAGAACAUCAUGGGCUUCAUCUCGUCUCUCCAUGAGCUCUGUGCUGCUGAGAGGAAGUUCUACUGCCACCUCAGCGCCAUCAGGAGCAAGAUACUACGGCCCCUACUGGCACGGGAAGGUGUGAGGGUGUGCCUUGGACAGUCGUUCUUGCUCCUGCAGAGCCUAGCAGGAAGUUUCAGUCGGCUCUGUCACCUUAUUGGCCAGCACUCCAUCUCCUUGACCCGCUUCCUGCAGAGAGACAGGGAUGUGCGGGGCCUCGCCAUGCUCAAACAAACAGGCAUGUUCCUGGACACCUAUAAGAUGUACAGCAGCUCAGUGGGGAACUUCCUGGUGAUGGGGGGCUUCCAAGGCCUGCUGAAACCCUUACAGGAGUGUUUUGGGAAGAAGCUGGAGGUUCUCGAGCAGCUCUCUGGGUCCAGAGAGAAAGGUUCUUCUCCUGAUUCUAGUUCCGGUUCCGGUUCCGGUUCCAGUUCCGGUUCUGGGCUACUGCAGUCCCUGCUCUACCUGCCCGUGAGACACAUGCAUCAGUACAGCCGUCUGCUGCUCAAGCUGGCCACCUGCUUCCAUGUGGAGUCUGAGGAGUACUCUCUCCUGGACGAGGGCUGCUCUCGGUAUGAGGCUGUGGCCCUGCAGCUGCUCAAGCAGAGGAAGGAGGCUGAGAAGACGCUGGACUUCUGGAGGAGUCUGCCAGUCAAGGCCACCGAUGCUUUGCGGACUGCAAGUCGACGGUUGGUGUGUCAGAGUAACAAUAAAGCCCUUACCCUCCAGAACGCCGCCCGCUUCUCUGUCAACCGCUUCAUCCUCUUCAACAACGCACUGGUGCACACACAGUUCUCUUCUUACCACAUCUACCCCCUGGCCACCCUGUGGAUCGAGCCUCUCUCUGAGGAGGACGAUGAGCUGUUUGGCCUGAAGUUUACAACACCUGAGGACAGUUUCACAGCUUUGGCCUCUUCUCCUGCUGAAAAGGCCAGCUGGCUUCGCUCCAUAAACCAGGCCGUGGAGAAGCUUCUGGAAGCCGAGAUUGAUGCCAAGGUCACAGGGUCAGUUCUAGGCUUGGGGUCAAGCGGGGGUCAACGAGCAGAGCCGCGGAUGUCCCGAACGGCCACACACACCUUCAGCAAGGAGGGGCGGUACAAGGACGCGACCUACGAGGGGCGCUGGCUAUGUGGCAAACCGCACGGCAGAGGAACUCUGAGGUGGCCGGAUGGACGCGUCUACAUUGGGAUGUUUAAGCAGGGACAGGAGGACGGGUUUGGAGAUUUUGUCAUACCCAAUAAAAACUCAAACAAGACUGACCACUACCAGGGACACUGCAAGGAGGGGAAGAUGCACGGCUUCGGGACCUACUGGUAUGCGUCUGGCGAGGUGUAUGAGGGCUUGUUCUGUGAGAAUCAGAGGCAUGGCCACGGCAUGAUGAGCAGCGGUAAGAUGGUCUCCUCCUCCUCCAGCGUCUUCGUCGGCCACUGGCACCACGACCGCAAGUCCGGAUACGGCGUGUUCGACGACAUCACCAGAGGUGAGAAAUAUAUGGGCCAGUGGGUGGAGGAUCAGAAGCAGGGGCCCGGGGUGGUGGUCACCCAGUUUGGUCUCUACUAUGAGGGACACUUCAGCGCCAACAAGAUGGUGGGCUUGGGUCUCCUGCUGUCUGAGGAUGACACCGUGUUUGAAGGAGAGUUCUCAGAGGACUGGACUCUCAAUGGGAAGGGGGUGCUGUCUCUCCCUAACGCUGAUGUGAUGGAGGGGGUGUUCGUGGGCCAGUGGAGCUCUGGGCUGAAGAUCUCAGGCACCUACCUGAAGUCCAACCCCUACGGGCCAGACAGCCAGAGGAGCAGGCCACAUAAGCUGGGUGGUAUGGCUGUGCCUGCGGGUCAGAAGUGGACUGCCGUGUUUGAGGAGUGCUGGAGGCGACUGGGCUGCGACUCAACAGGACGCGGAGACACCAUCAGGGCCUGGGACAACAUCGCCAUCAGCCUAUCACAGAGACAACACAGAGACAGUCCUGAGUUGCUCACUCGCUCCCAGCACAUGACCCUGGAGAGUCUGGAGGUUAUUCCCCAACUCAAUGGCCCCUUCACUGCAGAGACCUACGACAACAUCCGCCGCUACCUCAUCAAGGCUUGUGACGCACCGCUGCACCCUCUGGGCUGGCUGCUGGAGACUCUGGUGACGGUGUACAGGAUGACCUACGUGGGCGUGGGCUCAAACAGACGGCUGCUGCCACAGGCUGUACAGGAGAUCCAGUCCUAUGUCACACGCAUCUACCAGCUAGUGAGGUUCCUUUUCCCCAGUCUGCCUGAGGAUGGCACUUUUAUUCCGGAGGUUUCUGUGGCGGACACCCUCUGCAGUUCCACAGACUCAGGCAUGCACUCCGAGGCGCCAGAGCAGGGGUUUCAGGUGAGCUGCUGUUCUCUGCUGAUGCCGGUGUUGCUGCCCCGUCUGUACAACCCUCUGUUCACCCUGUACUCUCUGGAGCGCGAGAGGGAGGAGGGGCUCUACUGGGAAUGUGUGAUUCGCCUCAACAAGCAACCUGACAGAGCACUGCUGGCCUUCAUAGGGGUCGACCAGAAAUUCUGGCCAAUCACCAUCUCUGUCUUGGGUGGAACAAAAGAGGUCCUGACCAUCACUAAAGAUGCCUGUUAUGCUACAGCUGUGGAGACCCUUCAACAGAUAAGCACCACCUUCACUCCUGCGGAUAAGCUGCUGGUGAUCAGGCACACGUUCGAGGACAUGACGCAGGAGGCCCUGGCUCUGCUGGAGCAGGACUUCAAAUGGUCCAUGGACGACCUCUUCCCUCUGUUCCUCUAUGUGGUGCUGAGAGCCCGCAUCAGGCACCUGGGCUCAGAGGUGAGCCUGAUAGAUGACCUGAUGGACCCUCACCUCCAGCAUGGAGAAGACGGCCUCAUGUUCACCACUCUAAAGGCUUGCUACUUUCAGAUCCAGCGAGAGAAGACCCCGUAGGGAACGUUUCAAGAUGGCCGUGGACUCACUGGGUUAGAUCCAUGUCAGAGCGCUCUGCUCACUGAGUGGUUUAUCUCCUAACCCCAUUGGUUGACCCUGCCCAAGACUGCUUGGUGCUGUAGUGAAGCGUGCGUGUGUUGUUCAGAUUAGCUAGCUCAAAACAGUAGCAGAAAAGAGUUGCGGACUCUUU